CAAAAUGGCGGAGCCCGCUACGAGCGAGUCCAGUCCAGAUACAGAUAGAGACUUUGAUCCAACUGCAGAGAUGUUGAUUAAUGAUUUUGAUGAUGAAAGAACUAUGGAAGAAGAGGAACAGUUUAUUGAUAGCGGUGAUAGUUGUGACAAUGAAUUAGAUGCAUUAGAAAAGGAAGGUGAAAUGCCUCUUGAGCAUUUACUAGCUAUGUAUCGUUAUUCAGACGAUGAUAAUGAUGUUGUAGAGCAGUCGAUGAGUAGUGAGGAUGAAAGCAUACCAAUCAACACGGAUAAUUUAACAUUGGACAAAGAGCAAAUUGCGAGAGAUCUUCUUCCAGAUGAAAUACAUGAAGAUAAUGGAGAAGCCAGUAACCAUGAACAACUCACUACUGACCUUUAUGAUCUUGUUGGUCAAGCACCUUCGCAGAUUUUCUCUCGCCCGCUUCGAUCAAAUACGGUUGCUGGAAACUUUUCUGGAUCUGAAUCAGAAGAUUCCGACUAUGUUCCUUAUGAUGAUUGGAAGAAGGAAAUUAGUGUUGGUGUGGACUAUCAAGCAGAUGUACCAGUUGGACUUUGUAAAUAUGAUGAUGCACCAGCCUAUGAAAAUGAAGAUAGAUUGUUAUGGGAUCCUUCAAAGUCUCAGGAUGAAAACGUGAAAGAAUAUCUUCAGCAAAUUCAAGAAAUUCCUGCAGGAUCCCAGGGGGUGAAACAAAUACCUACUGGAGAUCAUGUCAGAGAUGAUGAACAGGCACUUUAUCUUCUCCUACAAUGUGGGCAUAAUGAAGAAGAAGCACUGAGACGUCAUAAGAUGCAGGUGACCCCUCCGACUGAUGAAAUGAGUUUGUGGUCAGAAGAAGAAUGUCGAAGUUUUGAGAACGGUCUCAGGACGUAUGGGAAAGAUUUCCAUAUGAUUCAGCAGCACAAGGUAAGGACAAGGUCAGUGGGAGAGUUGGUUCAAUUCUAUUAUCUGUGGAAGAAAACAGAAAGGCACGAUCAGUUUGCUAACCAAGCACGGCUUAGUAAGCCUAAAUACAGAUUGCAUCCUGGAAUAACAGACUAUAUGGAUAGAUUUCUGGAUGACUCUGAUGUUAAUACAACUGUACAAUGUUUUCCACAUUCUCAUCUUCUGAGUCGACCAUUUUUAUCCAAACCACACCAUUCAAAUCAUAUGCAUGGUCACCACCAAACCAGUAAUAUUAUGCAGCCGCAAACUUUGAAAAACUUAGCGACAAAUGGCCGCGAAGAAAUUAAAAAUUCAAACGUGGAUAAUGUCUUAGCUGUGAGAAGUACAGAACAGAACACAGGCGAACAAGAACAUUGUGUUUAUGAAGGCCUAGCGGAGCAACCUAAAUAUUGGAAAUCUCACUCUGGGGUGUCAAUAAUAUCACGUUCAUCGGGUAGACUGAAUACAUUGCCAUUUCAACAUAAUAACCAUAUAGAGGAUUUAAGUAAAGACGAUAAAUGCAGUGUGCAAGAAAGAGAAAAUAUACAAAGCCUAGGAACUGCUACUACAAGUCUUCAUCCAAUGUCCGAGGAACUUGCAACAAAACCUUUGAAACAAACAUCUCCAAAUGAACCAGUUAUUCAAUGAUGCCAUUUGAUCUUGAGAUUUACAUAUGUAUAUAUAUAUAUAUAGAAAGAAAGAGAAUGAGCAAGUGAGUGAGAGACCAAGAAAAAAGAGAGAGAAUGAGUGCGAGAGUGAGAGAAAUUUUUGUAGAGAGAACUUUACAAAGUGUUUACCUUGUCAUUAUUUCAUUUUGUCUUAUAGUGAAUUGUAUCUCCCCUUUUCACUGUAUGUGUUUGGGUAAUUUUUUGUUAUUAUUUCUCAACGUUUUAAUCUUUGUUUUAAUUUUAACUAAAACUGGCAGUAUGACUAAUUCCAUUUGUGAAAUCUCUGCCUUUGUUUAUUUUUUUGCGAUCAACUUUUACCUGAUGCUCCGUUUGAUAUUCUACAGCUAAUAUUAGUUGCAUUUCUGCUAUUUGUUUUUCCAGGAGCGUGUAACUAAUUCUCAAAGAGCUCAGUUAUUGUACUAAGUCUUGUGCGUUUCAGUAUGAGAUUUGGAGCAUUGUAAUAUUUUUUGUACUUUCAUUUUAAUAACCUAAUAGUGGAACUCACCAAGGAUUAGUUUUUAUAGAAAAAAUAACUGGGACCACAAACUAUAUUGACUGAUUGGCAACUUGGGCGUGUAGAUUUGAAGAAGGAUAUUUGUAGCAUAUUUAUCUCAGGACACUUGUUUUGUAAAUUGAUUGCUAAAUAGUUGUUUGUAGGCCUUUCAGAAAUUACUUUGGAAAAAUAUGGUUUGGUGCAAUAGCCAAGAUUCUUGUUCUCUGAUUGCGUGACUUAUAUGUGUGCAUAUCACAAGCAAAUGUGGUUGAUGUGGAUACCGCUCCGAUCAUGGGGAGUACUGUAAAACACUUUAUUUUCGCUUGGAAUUAAUUUUCGCUAUUUUUGCUGAAGGAGUGAUUCAGUGAAAAUAAAUUCCAGCGAAUAUACCUUUUUUCCUAUAUUCUACAUUCAACUUACCAAAAAUGGGUGAAAACAAAUUCCAUACAAAAUACCCAAAAAGUCUUUUCUGCGAAAAUUAAUUCCAGUGAAAAUAAAUUAUUUCACAGUAUGUAGUUUUCAGACAUAGCAUACCAGCUUGAUUUUGCGUUGCAGGCAUACAGUUUUUCUUUGUUAGUUCACAAUAUGUCUGUAAAAUAUAUUUAUUAUUCAUGCAUGCAUACAUACAUGAAACUGGACAAAAUUUCAAUUUUGUGACAUCUUGGCAUCUGUACACUGACGUAUAUCUCUGGGCGACGACAGCCAAGUUGGCCUAUUCAAUUGUGGACGAAGUCUCAAUGAAUGACAGAUGUGAAUUUCAACCACUUUGAUGCAGCACAUGCUUAGUUAUGUAGCAGCCAGGGAACUAGAAACUCAACUAUUAUCAUUGUUUCCCCCCAAAUCAAGCAAGCAUACUCAUUUUUAAUGUGCAUUGAACCUUUGAACGCCAAAAUCAACUCUGUGAUCUUCCACAAAUCGAAUCAGUUUUUCCAAGAUUGUUUAAAAAAAAAAAAUGGAUUAAGACCUGUAGCCAAUGGGGAAAUUAUGUCUAUUUCAAGCAAAAUUAAUAAAGGAAUUAUAAAAAAAAAAGAAGAAAGAAAUACAUACAUACAAAUGUAAAAAAAAUGAUGCACCAACAUUUUGGUGUGAAAAAAUAUGGCACUUAAACAGUUUAACCAAUAUGCAUUGCCAGUCCGUCAUGGAUCAGAAUUGUAAUAUACUAAUACAUGUGGUUAUACAACCUUUACAAUAACAGUUAAUGCAAGUACAUCAUGUAAAUUGAAUUUUCUAGAUACGAGUGAGAUAUACUGAAAUGUAUGCAAGAGCAGGUACUGAAUGUAACCAUUAUUUGCGUUUUACUUUGCCCUUAAUGUAGAAGCUAUAUGAAGGCGAAAAAUAUUUGUUCUUGUCAUCAUGUUUGCAGUUAAAAUAAACUUUGUAAUAUUAUCAGAGUA